AUGCCGCAUUCAUUACAUGGUAUUUGCGUUUGCAACGGCAGGCGGCGACACACCCCCCUACUAAAACAUCGUGAACAUUCUCUCAAAGAUACAUCGACUAACAGAAGCAUGUGUUAUUUAGCUCGCCAUCAUGGUGAACAACCGUGUGCCGUCAGUGUUCUCGAAGACGUACGUGACUCCGCGUCGUCCGUUCGAGAAAGCUCGUCUGGACCAGGAGUUGAAGAUCAUCGGUGA